GACCAGUCGUGAAAUCAUACGAGGUGCGUGGCCCCGCUCGUACAUAAGCGCGAAUAGUCGAAGAAAGAGUUAUCGAGUUAUUUAUUCUCACACGUGGAUUUUCCAGAGGUUCGCGCGCGCGUGUGUGUGAGCGCGCGCGCGUUCACGUUAUCGCGUAACGACGGCAUUGUAUUUUCGCGGAUGUGCGCUCGCGGGCGAGAGAAUAUCGUGUGUGCACGUUACUCCGGUGUGGUGUUAAUUGUGUCUCUCCUCGUGCCGUGGUGAAUUUCUCCGAAUCCCGGUGCGCCGCGCCGUGGACGGGACUCUCACAGAGAGAAGUGCAUGAGGAAGCACGCAAUCUGUAAAUUUACAUAAACGAGCUCGUGCUGUGCGUGUUCGCGUUUCCGUGACUCUCGCCGGAUUGCGCGCUUACAUAAAUAACGACAGGGGUCCGUCGCGAGUUUUAUCAACCAACACCGAGCGAGACGCUUUGAAAGAGCGAAAAUUUUUCGAUAUCGGUACGAUGACCGGUGGUAUUGCGAAAUUCAUAACCGUCACAGGAUGUAACGACUGGAUAUACUCGCAGUUGAUCCGCGUCGAACCGUAUAAAACCUAUUCCUGGUGAUAAAGAAAAAAAACUACAAAAAAAAAAAAAAAAAAAGCGGCGGAUUAUUGGGAGAUGAGCGGAAUGAAGAAGGCGAUCGGGGGAUCCAUUCACAGGAUACGGGAGUUCGAGCUCGAGAAGGUAAAUCUGAUCGACGAGUUCGACAUCCUGCAAAUCGUCGGCGAGGGAUGGUUCGGCAAGAUCCUGCUGACCGAGCAUCGCAGCACUCAGACCGAGAUGGUGCUGAAGGCGUUGCCGAAAGCGUACACCGGCCUCUCGGACUUUUUUCGGGAAUUUCAUUAUGGCUUACAUCUGUCGGCGCACCGGAACAUCAUAACUACUUACGACGUGGCGUUCGAGACAGCGGGCUUUUACGUUUUUAGCCAGGAAUACGCCCCCCUCGGCGAUCUCACGUCGAACGUGACGGAGACCGGCUUGGGCGAGCUGCACGCUAAGAGGGUGGCAAGGCAGCUUGCCGCCGCGGUGCAUCACAUACACAGCCGCGACCUGGUGCACCGUGACAUCAAGCUCGACAACAUCCUCGUGUUUCGCAGCAACUUCUCGCGUAUCAAGCUGUGCGACUUCGGCGAGACCAGGCGGGUCAAUACCGUCGUGCGAAGACACAACGAGUGGCUGCCGUACUCGCCGCCCGAGGUAUUGAAGAUCGACACUGACGAGACUUACAAAGCUCGUACGUCGCACGACGUCUGGCAAUUCGGCAUUGUCCUAUUUGUCUGCCUGACCGGAUGCCUGCCGUGGCAGAAAGCUGCGUUGGACGACCCGCGCUAUACCAGAUAUCAAAACUGGCACAACGCUACGCUCAACAUCGCCAAGAAACCGAAAUUAUUUCAGCUGAUCAGCUCGCGGGCGCAGAGAAUGUUCAAGAGGCUGCUAGAUCCGAAGGUUGAAAAGAGGCCCGUCAGCGUAUUAGAGGUGAAUAAAUAUUUAGAGGACAGAUGGCUGGCGAAACUCGGAGCUGAAAAAGCGUUGAACGGCGGCGCCGACGAGAGAGACGAGCUGUGUCCGUCCAUGUACAGCUUCCACAGUUCCCUGGAGGAGAAGAAUCAGCUUCUGCACACGCUCACGACGUACGGCAUCGAGACCACGGUGGACCGUACGAAGAAGAAGGAUCGCAUAAGGGAGUGGAUACAGGCCAGCGCGAUAGUUGAGGAAACCGAGGAGGACGAGUCCGAUAUUUACGAGGACUCGGAGUUUUAUGAAGACGAGAAUAAUGACGGGAACGAUAGCGAGGAACCCGAACCGGUCACCAUGAGGGGCAGACAUUUUCCGGAGAGACGUCCGAGCGUCGCGACAAACGACCUCAAGAAAAAACGGGACAGCCGAGUCCCGCCGAGCCGCUCGAAAAACAGAGCGCCCGUAAAGCCGGUCGAAAGAAAAAUACCCUUUGCUCCACAAGUGGCCGAGGAGCGAGAAACAAUCGCGCACUUCGCCAGUUUUCCCAAUGGCGAUCCGAAUCUCGCUGUAAGAAACGGCAGCGAUCAGACUCACGAUUCUUCCGCAAACGUUACCUCGGACACGCCGCAAAUGACUAAUCCACACUCUCCCGUGUCGAGCAUCACCAAUCGAAGGGUCGACAAUUCGGUAAAAACCAACGCGAGCAAUUCCCACGACAAUUCGCCCGUGUUGGUAGCGGGGGCCAGUUCUCCCGCGAAGCAAUCACCUCCGAAAUCGGGCGCCCCGAAUCGAUCGGUACCGAUGAGUCCGCAAAUCCCGGCCAGAAAAAAUCGCACGGCGCCGUUUUCGAACACGCAGCUUGUAGAAAAUCGUGCCGAGUCGACGAAGCGAGCGCAAUCAGCGGAAGAUUCGCCGUUGCAGUCGCCUAGGGCGUCGCCCAAGACGACGAUCCCGAUGCCGAUUCGAGACAAACCUUCCGUCGCUAUGUUAUCGACCCCGCGAACGGUGAGAUCAGCCGCUCCAUCGGUCGGCCGAGUCGAUAGAGCACCGGCGCCGAUAAUAGGCAACGCGACAUUAGCGGAGAGUCAACAGCCUCCGAAUAGCGCGCGUACAGAGGGCUCGCCCUCAAUCUCGACGCAAAUCGGGACCAGUUCUAUGCCAACCGCCUCUCACUUGGUAAUGCAGAGCUUCAACACCCUUCAGAAUAUUACAGCAAACGACCCAUCUCCGUCGAGCUCAUCGAACGUGAGCAAACCCGGUCAACGGGUCGAGCAGGUGAUCGUGUCUUACGGCAAAGACCUGUACGAGCACUACGGCAUAGCUCAAGGAGUCAUACAUCCAACGAGAGUGGAUAUCGUGAGGCAAGAUUCCACCGGCAGCGGUAACCGAUCUGUGAGCAAUUGAGAUGUACAAGAGGAUGCACCGGAAUGCCCUUGUGGUUGACGAAGGAGAGCUUGGUAUUCGCGCGAGUCUGCAAUUGCGAAACCAAUCAAACACACUGUCGGUGUACUCGAGCAAGAGGCACGUACACGGAGGCACUUGUAUAAUAAUUUUGUUCUGCUGUCGUUCAACGGAAAGAUUUCGCUCGCGGAGAGAUACUCGGGGCAAACGCGAGAGAAUAUUUUUUUUUUUUUAUCUAACGACAUUGAAGUUAUUAUAAAACUGCGCUUCAAUCCAAGCGUUACAUCUCGCUUCGAUUGAGAUUUUUUUUCCUCGCGGAAAUGUACGUCGCGGAUAUGCAAGACACACUGCGACGAUGUUCAGAUGUACACGGAAUAAACAAAGUCGUUACGGAAAUAAUGUUGUAACAGGACCACUGCACGGAUGAAGAUGUUAGGUACAUUAUGCCUCAUUAGUUCCAAGGGAUACUUAUAUCGCCACGUGUCGCUCGCUUCAUCGAGCGCAUAACGGGAUAAAAUUAGCGCGGUGUCUCGGAAGAGAGGUUGCACCGUGCGAGAAUGUCCUCGAGACCGUUAAGCAGGAUUCACAUUAGCAAAACCGAGCUCCGAAGUUGAGAGCUUCGUUGCGCGCGAAUUUUAUGUUAUCGAGCCAAAUUUCUCGUCGCGCCAGAAGCUCGGUGUGUUACGUGACUCGCGGCCUCCGCUUGCCGUAGGCUUUUUAGACGAGAGAUAUAUUUUAUCGCGAUAAAUGGUGAUACUAUACGACAUAUAAAAUGUUGUGCGAUAAGAAUCGCGGCGCGCGCGCGCUAUAAUAAAUUACUCCGCGAUGAUUCUGCGCGCGAAAAAGAUUCUGACAAUAAAUAAAUAACGAAACACGAAAUAUAUACAUACAUAUAUAUACAUAUAUAUAUAUAUAUAUAUAUAUAUCGACGUGUGAUUUCUGACACGCGCUUUUGUUCCCACUGAUGUGUAUCGAACGGCGGACGGAUUGUGUGCUAGCUGAUGUACUGCACGGGCAUUUACAAAGCUACCAUAUUUCAUCGUUUGCCACUUUUCAAACAGAACAACGAAAAAAGCACAGCGAUCAAUCUGGCAUUCUAGUAUGGUACAAUACAUGUGUGUAUGACUCGUAUAAAAAGGUAUACACGAAGAUGUAUUAUUUACAAGUAACAGUUAUUACCAGUAUGUAAUUGUCAGGCGAGAAUAUAUAUGCUCGUGCUACCGCUAAUUAGUUACAACGUGUGUUCGAUAUCAUCUGAUUUAUGAGCGGGACGCCGUCCGUGUGACUACGAGAUAAGCUUCCUUCGGCGCGGGGGAUCUGCUUGAACUCCUGCAUCGCGACCAGUAACGUCGCUCUCGAGAAGAGCAAGGACGACGCGGAGAGGAUAACGAUCGUAAGAGAGAGAGAGAGAGAGAGAGAAAGAGAGAGAGAGAGAGAGAGAGAGAGAGAGAGGGAUGAGAAGAGAGCAAAGCGGCAGCAGCCGCGGGAAAGGACUACGAAGAGAGUAAGGGGAAGGGGGAUUGGUGUGUGCAUUUGGCGAUGCGGAAAUAAUUUUCUAGGGCGGGUCGCGGCACGAAUUAAUUAAGACAUACGUAAGUAGCGCAUAUCGCGCAGGAGACGCAAUUACCGCCGUCUUUGACACUGAGAAGUAACACGGCAACGUGCGAAAGAUAUGAAGGACCGCGCCCGAGGUAGCUUCGUUGUUUAUCGUCGGAGAGCUAACUGGCGGAAUAUUGCGCGACGCUACCUGCAACGGUGGCAACUUCUCCGACGGAAACUUCUCCGACGCGCACGUUAAUUAGUGUUUAAGUCAACGUCACUCGUGGAAUUGCUAAUUGACACUUUUGAUCACGUUUGAUAUUAUUAUUAUUAUUAGAUUUAUCUCGUAGCGCCGAGCGAGAAAAAGAGAGAGAG